UCUACUAGUAUAGUUUAUAUCUAAUAGUAUAUAUCUUCUCUAAAGAAAACAAACUUCAUGUAAUAAAGUAACAACCACUACUACUAAUCCUGAAUCCCUCUCCCUUCUCUAUCACUCUAUCUGCAAGCAUAUAUGCUAUCCAAUCUUGAAAGAAAUUCUAGGUUUAAACUAAUCUCCAAAGAAUAAAUGAGAUAUAUAUAUAUAUAUAUAUAUAUAUAUAUAUAUAGGUUAGCUAAGAGACUACAGGGAGAGCAGAGAGAGUCUUGUUGCGAAGUGAUCAUGAAGCCGCGUCCGUCUCCGGCGGCGGCGUCUUCCGGCGGCGUUCCGGCGAGGCUCCGGCCGCACCUCACCCGGCUCACCGUGUUCCUGAUCGUCUUCUCCGCCGGGUACUCGGUUGGCAUCAUGUCGUCGUCCAUCCGGCCGCCUGCGAGCAAGCCGUCGCAGACGGUCAUACGGCCGCGCGCCGCGCACCUCUCCGGCACCGCCUCCUCCACGGAUGUCCCGGCGAGCAACGGCAGCGCUGCGGCGGCGGCGAACUACCCGCGCUCGCCGCCGCACGAUCUGUUCCGGUUCAGGGAGGAGUGUGGCGAGGCGAUACCCAGCGACGCCGUCGUGCGGACGCUCCUCGACAAGCUGUUCGACGGGGAGAGCCCGUACGAGAGCUUCCCGCCGCCGCACACCGCCGCGCUGCUGCACCCGGCUGCGGCGAGGCCGCGCGGGUGGGGCUCGACCGGCGCGGUGUUCGCGGAGCUGAUCGAGGAGGUGCGGCCCGACGUCAUCGUGGAGCUCGGCGCCUUCCUGGGCGCGUCGGCGCUGCACAUGGCGGCCGUGUCCAAGAACCUCUCGCUGUCCCCGGCCAUCCUCUGCGUCGACGACUUCCGCGGCUGGCCGGCGUUCCGCGACCGCUUCCGCCGCGACGUCCCGCCGCCGCGCCACGGCGAUGCGCUGCUGCUGCCGCAGUUCAUGUCGAACGUGGCCGCGGCGGGCGCCGACGCGACGGCGCGGGUGCUCCCGCUCCCCUUCUCGACGGCGUCCGCGCUCGCCGCGCUCUGCCACUGGGGCGUCUACGCCGACCUCAUCGAGGUGGACGCCGGCCACGACUUCCACUCGGCGUGGGCGGACAUCAACCUCGCCUGGGCCGUGCUCCGCCCCGGCGGCGUCAUGUUCGGCCACGACUACUUCACCGCCGCCGACGACCGCGGCGUCCGGCGAGCCGUGACGCUGUUCGCCAGGGUGAAGGGCCUCACCGUCCGGCCGCACGGCCAGCACUGGGUCCUCUCCCCGAAGCCGCCGCUCCGCCGCGACGGCCGGUGACUCCUCGCCGGCGAAAAGCUCGCCGUCGCCGGCGGGGCCACGCACUCGGCGACGUGACGUCGGCGCCCGACACGUGUUCGUCUCAAAAACUCCCAACCACCACCCUUUUUUCAAAGCUCCAUUCUUACACAAGAAUCAAUUCAAGAAUUUGGUUCUUCUACUUUGUACUGUGAAUUUAUACCAAAUUCAUACACACGAGAUCAUACGUACUACAAUGUAUUCAGGUGAGCAGAUGACAUGUUCUUGUCGGUAUUACUUGUUUCAUUUUUUUUGUUUAUAACUACCUAAUUUAUCCAUUCAAGAGUACAUUAAUUUCAAUCAAACAAUUAGGUAAGUUAAAUUCUAGUGAGACCAAGUAUUUGCCGUUGGUUUCCGUCUCUCUGAAUACGUGGGUAUUAACGCGUGGUGCAUGUACAUAGCGGUGCGCGUGCGUAUGCGUCUUUCGUGUAAUAAAAAAGGUUUAAAUCUUUUG